CGUUUCGGUCAUCUUUCCCAAUCUCAACACUUAUCUUCCUCAGAGUCACGAACCAAAAACUAAAAUGGAUUUCUCAAAGAAGCGCAAAACCGAAGAAAAUGGCAACGGUACCACUCCAACCGCCGCCGGUGGCAGUGGCGCCGCCACUCUUCUCAAUCUCACCCCAGAAGACGCACGCACACUCCUUCACCCACUCACCCAAGACCAACUCCUUGAUAUUCUCCAAGGUGCUGUACUUCGUCACCCUGACGUCCUCGACGCCGUGCGCUCUCUCGCCAACCGCGACACCACUCUCCGAAAGCUCUUCGUCCGUGGCCUCGGCUCUGAUACUACUUCCGAGUCCCUGCGCUCCCUCUUCGCCACGUACGGAGAACUCGACGAGGCCAUAGUCAUCUUCGACAAGAACACUGGAAAAUCCAAAGGAUACGGCUUCGUCACUUUUAAGAACGCCGAUGGAGCCUUACUCGCUCUCAAAGAACCCAGCAAGAAGAUCGACGGAAGAAUCACAGUGACCCAGUUUGCCGCCGCUGGAGUUUCUGGACCCAAUAGCUCCUCAUCUGCUUCCGCCGAUGUUUCGGCUAGGAAAAUUUACGUUGGGAAUGUACCCUUUGAUAUUUCCUCGGAGAGGCUUUUGGGUCACUUCAUGAUGUACGGCGAAAUUGAAGAAGGCCCAUUAGGGUUCGACAAGGCCACAGGUAAGUCGAAGGGUUUCGCUUUCUUUGUGUACAAGACCGAAGAGGGUGCGAGGGCUGCGCUUGUUGACCCAAUGAAGAACAUUGAUGGGCACCAAGUUGCUUGUAAACUAGCUGUGGAUAAUAAGAAAACCAAGACUGGUGCUCAGGCUUCUACUGGGUAUACUGGUGACACCGUGGUACCACCUCAUCCGUCGAUGCCAGGUUCGUUUCAGGGGGCUCAUUAUGGUCCACCACAGCCGGGCAAUUUGUAUCCAGGAUAUCCCGGUGGAGGGCAUCACGGGCAGGGUCCGCCUCAACCUCUGGCUGCGAGUAAUUAUGGGCCUCCGUCUAUGGGGAACCAGGUGCCAUCUUCAAAUGUUGGAUAUAAUAGUAACUUUCCAGGUUCGUACAGUGGUCCAAUGGCUGGAGAUUUUAGUGGUCGGUUGCCUCCGAGUUCUGCUGGAUACCCAGACCAUACACAGUAUGGGUUAACAUCAUCUUCUCUACCAACUCAGCAUAGCCAACCUCCUCCUGUGCCUAGAGGUCCGCCUGGUGGAAUGUAUCAGAGCUUACCGCAUUAUUAUUGAGGUGUAUGAGAAGCUUCUUGGGAGCCAAUGCUUUAAAUGCUUGUGGUGAUUUCGUGAAAUGCAGAGAAUGAAAUUCUUGGAUAUAUUAUAUGGACUACUGAAAAUUUGUUGCUGGUUCACUUCAUCUGUCUCUGUGUUGCCUUCUAGUUUCUUAUAAGGAUCUUGAUAUUAUAUUAUUUGCUUGUAGAACUUAUUUUAAAGCAUACUAGAGCUUUUCUGGUAAACUGUUUCACCGAAUAGUUAUGUAGUUCUUGUUCAAAUAGUUGAGGAAUGCUUUCAUUAAUAUGUUUUCAA